CAAAACUUCGACAACUGAGCUUUCGCGACAACAACCACUUUUGCCCGUCAUUCCAACCGCCGGCUUCUGUCAGCAUAUGGCGACUAUUCCAAGCGCCAUGGCUGCGCCAGACGUUAUGCAGUCAUCGUCCCCGAAGCCACAUCAUGGCAAGCGGAAGCUUCACAGUGACAGCAAUGAGCGAAGUCCGAAAAAGCGGCGGGCAGGAGAGCCUCGAUCACAUACCCAAGGACAAGAAUGGCCGCAACACCCGAUCUCAACAGUAGGAGACUACAGUCGAAUCCACAACUCUAUCCUCGCCAAGCUGCGGCCAAAAUUCGAAGUCAGAACCAUGUCUGUAAUGUCAUCGACCAGCAUCAGCAAGCAUGUCGACCACGCUCUCGAACACCUUGGCCGCUUCAGUCCAUGGGACCGGGCGGUACUUCCGGGCGUCGUGCUUCUCUGCGCCAAGUCAUCUGCGUCCAGCAAACUCAUAACAAUAGCAGAGCUCAUCAAACGGCGCAUUGGAGAGAGCGAGCAAAAAUGGUUUCAGUACAACGUGCCAAAAGAGACGGUGGAGACGGAGCCGCUCCCGGGGACGAAGGAACCAUCAGUGGUGGAGGACACAUUCAUGGCGGCCGACCGUGAAGACAGGGAAAGCACAGACGACGAGUGCUUCGAAACGUUCCCGCAGACCAUCCAUGAGCAAGCGGUGCAACCAGCGAAAAUAAGAUACAAAGCGCACAUUGUGGUCAUCCUUUCAAGGGUACCACUGGAGGAGCUAAAAUCGGAACCGAAUAUUUCGGUCCAGACGAACGAGCAGCACAUAGAUUACCUGUGGAGGAAGAAGAUGGGGCUGGCUGGCUAGGGCGGCCUCUGCCAGGAAAUGCGGCUGGCCGCGAACAUAUCUUCGUAGUACUCUCGAGACUUUGUAACAGCGGAGAUGGGCUAAACCAGAGGCAGAUCGCCGUCCGCAGUGAGGCGUUGAGUCUAGAGUACAGCGUGAUACCCAGCAUUCCUACUACUACUAGGCGGCGUGCCUGCUAAUAUCAUGCAACCCUCGGCGCCAUUUGUCAUUUGAACACGAGACAACCCCUUUGGAAGCCGCAUUGUGCAAAAAUGACA